AUGGAGUCUACUAACUAUUUCCAAGAUAUUCCUUACAAGUCUAGAAUUACCCCUCAACUCACUGUUAUUUCAGGCGAUGAUUAAUCUAAGAUUGAUGAAUUGAAACAACAGGGUAUCCAAAUAAUAGGAACUCACUCUGAUUACUUCCAUUGUGACGAAGUGUUAGCCACAACAAUGCUACUUUACACAAACAAAUUCAAGGAUUCUGCCAUAGUAAGGACUAGAAAUGAACCAGUUCUCGAUACUUUAGACAUAGUCUGCGAUGUAGGUUCUGUUUUCGACCCAGAAAAGCUCAGAUUUGAUCAUCAUUAGAAGUCCUUCGAUACCUACUGGUAUGAAAAUGACACAAAAGAUAAUGGUGGAAUCAAGCUUUCUAGUGCAGGUCUAAUCUACAAAUUUUUUGGCAAAGAAGUUCUUGCUAACAUUCUGGAAGAAGUUUGGCAAUCUAAGUAUACCGAGGAGCAUCUCGAUAAAAUUUAUAAAAAGUUAUAUCCAGGGUUUUUCCUCGAAAUAGAUGCUAUUGAUAAUGGUGUGACCUUAGCCAAGGAUAUGAAGUACAAAAUAGUAACAGAUUUGAGUUACAGAGUAUCUAGAUUUAACAAAGAAUGGAAUGCCCCUAAGGAAAAAGAUCAGUAAUUGCAAUUCAAAAAGGCCAUGAGAUGUGCAGAGGAAGAAUUAAUGUAUCAAAUCAAAGCAGUCUCUCAAAUUUUCUUACCAGCUAGAAUUGUUGUAGAAGAAGCCUGGAAGAACAAGGAUGACUUCCACGCAAGUGGAGAGAUAAUGUUCAUUGAGACUGUUUGUCCCUGGAAAGAACAUUUAUAUGAAUUAGAGAAGUUAAACAAGAAUGAGAAUCUUAUCAAAUUCGUUAUCUACAAAGAUGACAGAAACAUGAAUAGAGUUCAAACUGUGGGAAUAAAGGGAGAUUAAUUUGGAUAAAGAGUCACACUUAGUAAGAAAUGGCAUGGUCUUAGAAAGCAAGAUUUUGAAAAGAUUGAAGGCUUUGAAUUGAAAGAUAUGGAAUUUGUUCAUCAUAGUGGAUUUAUUGGUGGCGCCUGGUCGAUGGAAACUGCCAUCAAGAUGGCUGAGAUCUCUAUUUAGGAGCAUAAUGAAGAGCAGGCUGCAAAGGCUGCUAAAUUAGCGUAAGAAAACGAAGAGAAGACUUAAUUAGAGCAGAAACCAAUUGAAUAGCCCGAGUAAUGA